AGGGAUCCUUCGCUGUGUCUGAUCCUGCAGAAUGACGACUUCUCACAUCGUGGUUGUGGGAAUAAGUUGGACCCUGAUGAUAAAGAUACUCCCCUCUUCCAGGGCCCACCUGGGCCUGCUGGUCCCCCCGGACCUCAGGGCCCACCUGGAUUACCUGGGAUUAAAGGACCUAAAGGAGAGAAGGGUCGCACAGGGCCUCCUGGACUUCCAGGGAAGCAGGGACCGCCAGGAUGGCCAGGGCCAAAUGGGGCCAAAGGCGAGAAAGGUGAUCCAGGGUUGAUGGGUUUGCCUGGAGGCAGAGGACCAAUUGGGCCAAGGGGUUUACCUGGCUAUAAAGGGGAGAAGGGCUCUCGGGGAGACCGUGGUGAGCAUGGCCCGAGAGGAGACAAGGGUGCCAUGGGUUUCCCUGGAAUGCUUGGGCAAAAAGGUGAAAUGGGUCCAAAAGGAGAACCUGGAAUUUCAGGAAACAGAGGACCCACAGGCCGGCCAGGAAAGAGAGGCAAGCAGGGGAUGAAAGGAGACCCAGGAAGAACAGGUCCUAUGGGACCCGCCGGCCCACAAGGAAUUCCAGGUCACCCAGGUCCUCCUGGUGCACCUGCCACAGGACUGUACAUGGUGGGAACAAAAGGACUGCGUGGUCCACCGGGGCCUCCGGGAAAAUGUGGCUGCAGCUCCCUUAGUAGUUCUCCUUUUGAUGAUUAUCUUUCUACAGGAAACUAUCCCACAGUACCUGCGAUAUUUGUUGUGAGCAAUGAAGAAGAACUUGAGAGCCUUCAAACUGAUAACGCGCUCGCAUUCCGGAAAGAUCAGAGAUCCCUCUACUUCAAAGACGUCGAUGGCUGGCUACCAAUUCAGACUUUCCCAUUCCAGCUGACGCCCUUCCAGUCCAUGGAGAACGCCCCCGAUGAGGACGGCUACUGCGGGGACGGGACCGUGCAGAUCUCCAACGGGGAGGAGUGCGAUGACAGGAACAGAGUCGUCACUGACGGCUGUGUCAAGUGUAAACAUGCCUACUGUGGAGACGGAUAUCGCUAUGAAGGGGUCGAGGAGUGUGAUGGGAAAGACUUUGGAUACCAGACAUGUAACUCAUAUCUUCCAGGCUCGUAUGGUUACCUCAGGUGCAAACCUUACUGUGUUAUUGACUCCACAAACUGCAAGUACUUCACU